CGUUUGAGGUCAAUCCGGGGGCUAAAGGUACGAUCCCGCUCGCCUGGGGCUCGGAAAUAUGUACAGUAUUAGCUCCCCUAUCUCUCCGUCUAUCAAUCAAUCAACGAGGAGCGGGAAUGAACUCUAUUCCUCAAAUUAAUGACCCAGCCAAUUGGUGGCCCAUGCUGCCCUGCUCAGUACUAUCAGUACUAUCUAUCUUUCUCCCGACCUCAGUGGCUUGCUGUCUCCUUUCGGGGAGCACAGAACAGAAUCGUUUGUGUCAUCACUUAAUAUCGACACAACGACAACAACGGGGAGUAUACCCAGGUAGUAUCUAUCUGUCUCCAUCGCCAGACCCAGACGAGAACGAGAUCAUCACCUUAUCGUCCAUUCGUUUCACAGUCUCUCUCACCAGGUAAUCCUCAUUUGUGGUUAUCUGCUCGGCUGAUGAUCCCCGUAACUAAUCACUGAUAA